CCUUCAUGACUUGCCGGGCAACAUGGAAACAAAGGCCUGCCCCUUUUUUCAUGUUGAUAUCUGCACAGCCAGCGUUACUUUACGUGUAAUCAAGAUUACUAAAUCGGAUUACGAUACUUUUAUUGUAAUUUAGCUCGUCGUUAGUGGCAGAAAUAGCGUCCGAGAUGGAUGUGGAGCAGCAUGAGACCUGCGGAGAGACUAAAUCGGCCAUUAACACUUGGCGUUAUCGCCACCAUUUCACGUACAAGGCUGAUCAGGGGAAAAAUAUAAUCGUCCAAUGUAAUCUGUGCCUGCCGAGGGUCAAUCUGUUGUCCACGUCGAAAACGUCCACGUCAAACCUAAAGAAGCAUUUAGACAGAACACAUCUGGGCUGUGAGGCCAGGCCGGAUGCAAAGAGAGGGAGAAAGAAGGAGGAGUACAAUGGAGAGGAAAGCAGACACUGUCAGCUGAAAAAACUGAAAGCAGAGAUCAUCUCCAAAUGCCUGACGCAGUCCAAGAUUGAUGAUCUCAUCUUCAGUUUCAUUGUGGAGGAUUGUCAGUCUUUCUACGUGCUGGAGCAGCCUGGUUUCAAGAAGCUGGUCACAGGUUUGACAGAGGGGCUAAAGAUCAUGGACAGGGUGACCCUGUUCACAAAAGUGGACCAUGGCCUUUCCAGAAUGCGGGAGGAGAUGCUGGCGAAGCUCAGCAGCAUCCAAUACGUGUGCACCACAGCAGACAUCUGGACGGCAAACGACAGAAGCUUCUUUGGCAUGACGUGCCACUGGAUCGACACGGAGUCUCUGGAGAGGAAGUCUGCUGCUCUGGGGUUCCCGCGGCUGCAGGGUAGGAUCACGUAUGACUCCAUCGCUGGGCGGAUACAUGACACCCAUGUAGCCUACAACAUCGAAAGUAAAGUCCAGACCACGGUCACUGACAACGCCAGUCCUUUCGUCAGCGUCUUCAGAGAGUUUGCCCCGGACAGUCAGGAGAGGGAUGAUGACUUUGGGUUUUUUGAGAAUGUGAGCACCAUAUUGGAGGGUGAGCCAGAGCAGGACAUGCUCUUGUUCCUACCCCCUGUGCAGCACUGUGCAUCACACACCCUUGAACAGAUCGUCACUGAGGACUUUUGGCAGGCUAUCUCGCAGGGGCCCAUGUGUCAGCUGCAUUACAGUUCCAUGACCAAGGUGUUCUCCAUAUGGAGCAAAUGCCACCAUCUCCAGGUCGGGAUGGGGGCAGCGGAGGAGAUUGGAAAGAUGGCGCUGGUUGUCCCAGCUGUUAUCCGUUGGAACGUGGAGUACUGUGCUGUGCAGAGGAUCGUCUCCCUUAGUGAGCGGGAGCUGACGGAGCUCUGUGCCCGUCUGGAGGUUGCACGCUUGCAGGCGGAGGAAAUGGCCUUCCUGAAAGAAUAUGUGACUGUGUUCCACCCUCUUGCAUUUGCACUCGAACUUUUUCAAGCGGAGCAGAAGUGUUACCUUGGUCUCGUCAUCCCAACCGUCUUAAGCUUGAAGAACAAGCUAAAUGAGCAGAAGGAUGCAGCCAAUUACUUUAGCGAUGUCAUCAACACCAUUAUUGUGGCGAUCGAUGUUCGAUUUCAGGAGUUUUUCUCCAGCACAGAGACCAAGAUCGCCACGGCAACGACCCCUCAGUUCCGCCUGUGGUGGAUGGCGGCCUCCGAGAGGGAGGAGAUGUGCUCCCUACUGGCCACCGAGGCUUCCCAGAUGGUUCCCUGUGACGUAGCCGAGGCCAACACCAGCCACAUCCUGUCCACAAUAGAAUCCGAGGACGACUUUUUCAGCUACGGGUCUGCAAAGACCUCCACUCAGAUCCAGCAGCGAGGGGUGAUGGAGGAGAUCCGCAAGUACGUUGAGGGAACAGGGAAAAGCCUUGAGUGUCUGCAGGAUUUCCCCAGAGUGAAGCAGCUUUUUCUCAAAUACAACACCACCCUGCCUUCAUCGGCUCCCGUCCAGCGGCUCUUCAGCCAGAAGGGCAACCUCAUGACCUCACAGAGAAACUUUCUAACAGACGACUACUUUGAACGCAUUCAGCUUUUAAGAUACAACAGCAACGUAUGUCCUUUGAUGACAGAAUGACUUUUCCGCCACAGCCUUUCAACUUAUGUGGAAUCAAACCAUAAUAUGCUCAGUCAUAACUAAAAAUAACAACAAAAAUAUGUUGUUUCAGGCACAUUAACCCAGCUGUUUUUUUUACAUUUUCCUCCACUCCCUGGUUUAUAAGGUGAAGUAUACUUCUGUUCCUCCACAAUGGCCUAACAAAAAUAUCUGAUUGACAAUCAUGAACACUGACAUUCAGAAGGAAUGAGCUGACAAAAAGCUACUUUUAAUUCAUGCUGUUUUUUUAUUUUAUUUAGAAUAACCAAAAAAGAUAUACUGAAGAAAUUUCAUCUUUUGGGUGGGUUACUUUUUCUACAGAUGUUCAGUAAGAAUACAUCUUCUCUGUAUGUUUUAUAUGAUAUAUAUAUAUAUAAAAGAUUAAAAAAAAUAAUAUUUGUGUCUUUGUUUUCUUCAUUUGAACCAAUGAGAAGGCACAACUUGAACAGUGAUGUGACCUGCUACCUUACAGAUCAGUUUUACAUUUUCUCUGAUUCACUCCAGGUCAUAAUUACACACAGACUCAAAUAUGUACAUACACCCCCAUUUAUAGCUGGAUAAAUUUCUUUUAAGUUGCAGAAAAAACACUUUAAUGCCAUCAACGAGUUUCUGCAUGGAUAUGUGACCUCUAUUCUUGGCACAGAUGUCAAGGUUUCUGCACAGGCUGGAAACAGGUGGGAUUUGAUUUCAGUAUUGUCAAAGUCUGUCAAUAUUGAAAAAGAAAUUAGGAGUAUGGGAACGUAUUUGUAUUUUUCAGACUUUAUUCAUUGUACCAUUGUCUACGCAUUGUUCAUUCAGCCAGAAUUAUCCAAGGACCUUGUUGAUAAAGAUUGUGGUCAAGAGGCAACUUAAUGAGGGACAUCAAGUAGAAAAUAUGUAGGGCUGUAUUCAACUUUGCAUGUCUCAUACAAAGUUAAAAUUAUUUGGAAACAUGUGUUAAAAAAUAAAGCCCCAAAUUAAUGACAUGUAUGGCCAUAAUGCAUGUAUGUAGACUUCUGUCUGGAACUGUAUUUGUAUGCAGCUUUGGCUUUAUCAGCAUUUACUGACUGGUGUUCAUUGGUGCCUGUGUGUAUAAGCAAGAUAUUCAAACAUGUAAGAACGAAACUCCAAAGCUGCAGAGUCUCAAGUGUAUUCCAUGACAUGUGCCCAGAUUUCAGCUGAGAGCUUUCGUCUUGUCAGACAGCUGCCUAGAGACCAACGGGAGACUGUCAGAGAAUACAAACAGAUUUCUAUGCAGGCUCUGCACAGACCGAAGCUGUCAAAAACACAACUCCGGGGAGAAUGCAAAACCAUUCCACAGAGAGGAUAAAUCAUAGGAUUAGGCUGUUUCUGUCAGCAUUAUUGCAUGUAUAAAUAUUGAGGUAUGCCAAGUUCUAGAGGUUCCUGCAGACUGUAUUACAGCGGCCAGAGGAUUAUACAGACAUAGCUGUGGACUGCUGAGAAACUCCACUGCUAACAGGGAGUUGGAAUUUAACAGCACACUUCAGAUAUCACUGUUUGAAUAAAUGACAAGAUGUUAGGAUGCAGAAAACCCCAAAUUCUCACACUAUACAGGUGCAUCUUUAUAAAUCAGAAUAUCAUAAAUUAAAUUUUCUUGAGUAUUUUUAUUCCUAAAGUCAAAAUAUACGUUUAGACUGCAGGAUUGACAGCUGUCCAGAAGACAGUCAUUGACAUUCUCCAGGAGGAUAAGCCAAAAAAAUAACUGUCUAUGAUGCUGUCUUUUGUGCUGUAUCUACGCACAAUAAUGAAAAGUUGAGUGGAAAGAAAAACUGCAGUAGAAAAAGGUGGAGAACAAGGGCGAUCUAUGGCAAAGUCAGUGGUUCACCAGCCCCCACAGACAUUUCCAGGAAAUAGACUAAUUACUUUCUGAUGAUAUUCUUAAUUUAUUGAGAUUCGCUUGUCACUGUUGAGAGAUCCUAGAGGCUAGUGGAGCAAACAUUGUUCAGUGUUUCCUUACCUUUUUAUUUCAUUUAUGGUUGUCAUGCAACUGGAUGGAAUCAUAAAGGACAAU